UGCUAAUGGCAUGUGUGUCGCAUGUGCAACUAACACGCACUGCAGCACGACUGCAGCAACACCAGUAUGCUGCAACGGUGUGUGUGUUGCGUGUCAAAAUGAUGCAGAAUGUACGGCGAUUAAUACGAACUUGCCGGCCUGCACUAGCGGAACAUGUGAGCAGUGUAACAUGGAUUCGCACUGCGUCAACGUCGUUGGGCUUCCUAGAUGUGUGAACAAAGUCUGCGUCGAGUGCAUCAUAGACACAGACUGUGCCGCCGGAGAAAUAUGCGACGAUAAUCUCAUGUGUGUUGUUGGGUGCACAGACGCAUCGUGCAUGGCUAUGGAUCCGAACUCAUACUGUCCGGAUGGUAUUGCAUGUGCAUGUCAUCCCAUAUUCACUGAGGUUAGCGGAGUCUGUACAGCACCAGGUAAUGAUCUGUGUAACCAGGCUGUGAUCCCAGCUGGAUUCCCCAAUGCGGGAGAGCGCCUACCCAACUGUAAACGAGGGGAUGUGAGUAAUCAGAAUUGCUUCAGAGUUGGCACCACUGGGACGUUCGAGUGUAGAUGCACGCAAAAUUCCAAUUGUGGGGCGAAAAUCAGCUGCGCCAACAAUGGCUGUACGGGCAUACCGGAACUGGAGGUUUUCUUUACGUGUACCGAAGUAAUGACGGCCAUGCAGACAACAAUAACGUGCACACCAACCUUUCCCCCUUAAAUAUUUUCUUCAUUGCGUAUGUUCGUGAUGUGACAAAAUGUAGAGCCGCAAUUAUGCAUAACGUGAUGCGAUCCACUUAGAAAUAAAGGAAGAUGGUGGAAA